CCUGCUACUACUUGUAAUAGCUAAUUUUUCAACAGUCAAGAACGAAUUUUCCUUCACUCUGGUAAUUCUGUGCCUCAGCUUCAUUUCUCAACAAUUUGGACUUGAGAAAUAGCCGCUGAUUCUAAAACCUGAAAUAGCCAGAAAGACCGGACAAAAUGAAGACAACAUCCUUUUGGUGUUUUGUUUUUUCUAUCCUUGUACAGUUUAAGACUAUAUUUUCGAAAAGUACCUCUGGAUCUGUGACUUCCCCUCCAGAAAAAAGAAGUGUUCAACCGUCAUUCUUUGCUGGUGGUAGUCCUCCAAAAGGGCUACCUGGUACUUCUCAAGGGAUCGAAAUCCAGCAGACGCUGCCUAAUGAUCCUCCAGACACUCCACCUUAUUUUUUUUCUCUCUUUGAUCCAAGCACCAAUACACCGUUUUAUUCAGCUUACAAAGUUACGCCUGUUCAGUCGAAGGACAUUGGAAAGGAAGGAAGGCUGGGUGGAAUAAGGUGGAGGGACCCUCCAGGCGUUCCUGGUGUUAGCAUUGCCUACAAAGAAGCAAUCGCAGACACCACACAACCGAGAAGUCCAAACCAAGCAUUAACCAAAGGUCAUUUGAAUCCCUCAGCGAUAAAUUCCUUUGACAAAAAAUUCAUGGCCGCCACCUAUACUUUUACUAAUGGCGUACCUCAGUUUGCAGCGUCGAACUUCUUUUUGACGAAGUUUGAGUCAAAAGUGGAAAAUUAUGCUAAGGACGAUUGUGGCAAGAAAGAUGGAACCCUCUACCUUUUGACUGGCAGAUCAGAAAAUGGCCUACUCAUUGGUCCAGAGGAGAAACCUGUUCAGGAUCUUACAAAUCAAAUUCCCAAGCCUUAUCAGAGGGAUGCGUUUGUGCAAGGUACAAUAACGCUUGUAACUCCUCGUUCUAUUUGGACAGCUGGUUGCUGUAUGUGGCAGGUGCCGGGUGGGGCGAAAAGAGCAGAAUCUUUUGCAGUGAUGAGCAACAAUCAAAACAAAAGAUCGAGGGUUCUCCAAACAGAAAUGAGCGUGCGCGGACUAGAGGAGCUCCUUAAGACACCGCCAACGGCCGAAGUUAAUUUGUUCCCAGGGGAAGAGGAAUGUCGACGACCUGAGAACAAUAAACCACUUUAAAAGAAUCAAAAGAAGGGAUCAUUGAUGAGAACAGACUGUUAAGAAUAAAGUAGAUAAGUUACUACCCCUUACUACCCCUGAUUAGUGUGAUUAGUGAGAGACUCGUGAUGAGUUGUCCUCCUAUUUGGCAUAUACGUGUCUCCGCGAUGCUUGAAAAAAUAAACUCCCAAUUAUGUUUAUGAUUAAUGGUCUUUCUUAAGGAAUAGGUCAUUGUUGCCUUGGCAAUAAGACAUCGAAAUGAU